AUGCUUUCCGCUACCCGCAGAUGGUUCCAGCGUAAUCGGACGCCUAUCGCGAUAGGUGCCGGCGUCAUAGGAGCUGGCUACUUUGCGACCCAAUAUCUGCUCUCCAAGCUCAACGACGCCCGUGAGCGCAUGAGUAGUGAUCGUAUAGCCAAGGAGAAUCUCCGGCGGCGUUUCGAACAGAACCAAGAAGACUGCACAUUUACAGUCUUGGCCUUAUUACCAACAGCCACUACCAAUGUGCUCGAGACCAUGAAUACAGAAAAGAUUACGUUGGAAAUCCAGCAGAUGAAGGGCGUAAAGAACGCUAGGAGUGCCGAAUCUACAGCAACACCACCGAGUAUCGCAGACACGACCCUCACGGAAGAAGAGGGUAAAAGUACAGUAAGCUUGCAGAGCGAAAGCGGCGUACAUGCAAGCCAAAUCACACUGCCCUCGCCCUUGGCAUCCACCACCGAUGGCACGCAAGAAGGCGGCCAGAUUCCCGCGAGUGCGCAAAAGUCAAGGAGGACCAAGCGACAGCUGUGGGACGACUUGACCAUAAGCUCAAUCACAAGAGCAUUUACACUCAUCUAUACGCUCGCCCUGUUGACUAUGCUCACGAGAGUCCAACUCAACCUCCUCGGCCGCCGCAGCUACCUGUCGAGCGUCAUCUCCCUCGCAACCGGAUCAGGACAAUCGACUAUUAGCCUGGAGAACAAUGACGACGACAACGGAGAGCACGUAUAUGGCAAUGAUUUUGAUAUAAACAGAAAGUAUCUCACCUUCAGUUGGUGGCUACUAAACAGGGGCUGGGUCGAUAUUAUGCAGCGAGUAGAGGAGGCAGUACGCGAUGUGUUUGGCCACCUCAGCCCUAGAGAUCUCCUGAGCUUCGACACAUUCUCACAACUGACGAUAGAGGUACGGAAAAAGGUCGAGGCACCGUCCCAGGGCUCAAAGUGGCUGUCGCUGUUGCUCCCGCCGCAAGAUCAGGAGGCUUUCGUGCUCCGAGAAUCGGGCGUCUUGGGCGACAGUGCAGCCGCCGAGACCAGCACAGAUACUACGGCGCCCUCGUCGCCCACUCCAAGUGCGCUCCGUCGCAUGCUCAACGAGACAUCCGACCUCAUCGAGUCGCCCGCCUUCAACCACGUCCUCACUCUGCUGCUCGAUGCCGGUUUCUCCGUCUUGUUGAACAAGAAGCUCCUCGAAGGCGCAUUUGAUCGUCAGCCGACCAGCGCCGUCAUCCCCGAAUCAGAGGAUGAACAACUAUCAAAGGUUGUACUGCUGCCCAAGAUCUUGUCAGUCUUGACCAGGCAAGCGCAUGUGAUUGGUAACGGCAUGCCCAACGAAUACCUGCAAGAGAUGGAGAGUGUGAAGGACUUGGAAGCCUUCGCUGCCGUGGUGUACUCGAGCAAUUGGGAAAACGAGAUUCAGGCCGACGAUGACUUUAUCAAUGUUUCAAAGUCAGAGUCUAUUGCACCUUCGGAUAGCAUCAGACAGAGUCAGGUGUCUGAAAGCGUCGUAAUGAUCGAUCGGGAGGAGCCAUCGCAGUUUUCAUUCGAGAGCGCAUGGUCGAAAGCGACGGAGCAAUCAUAA